AUGUACAGGUGUGGUUUGGGAAGAUCUUCUGCUCCAGAUUCAUACUUUGACUUUGAGGUCAGAGUUUCAAAUGAUCUGGAUAAAAACGUUGGUUUUUAUCGCACACAAACUGAGGGAGAAAAGAUCACAUUGGUAUGUUCCAACAAUACAUAUGGACACAGGAAGUUCUUUUGUAAGAAUGAGUGUAAGAAUGAAGGGGAGAUCCUCAUUGACACAACUAAUAACAAAUCUGAGAGUGGCAGAUACAGCAUUGAAUACAGACCAGGAUCUGUGUACGGACUGUAUGCAACCAUCACACAGUCGUCCAAGUCAGACACAGGAAAGUACAUCUGUGGUUAUGGGAACCCUCUGUCUCCAGAUUCAUAUGCGAAUGAAUAUGUUCUUGUCAUUGAUGAUUCAAACACACCUGCUUCCACACUGCAGACAGCAACAACACAGAGUGAAAGUGUCACUGCAGGAGUCUCUACACAUUGUCCUGACUCCUCCUGGCUUCUGGUUGUGCGUGCGUCCUUGGAUGGUGUUUUGCUGAUGGCUGUUUUCCUCAUGCUCUGCUACAUUAGUAAGACAAGGAGGAACUUUGGACUGAACACCAGAGAAAAUGACACAAACAUGGAGUUAUCUGUAACACAUGAGAACUGGGAUCCAACCAUCAGAAACAAAGAGUCCAAAAGCAACAGGACAAAACCCACUCUUCAUUACUAA